AAAUUCGCUAUUUUAAACAACCUUUUUCCCCGAAAAAACAAUUAAUGUUAUACAAUUUUUAAUAAAAUCCCUUUUAAUGCGUUCACACCGUGGGUAAGUUCACAAAGCUGCUAGAAAAAAGUAGUGUUGUUUUCCAUUGGCGCAAGAGGGCGCCAUCGCCGUGCUCUCUCUCUCUCUCUCUCCAUCCCCCUGCAUUGUGGCCGCCUGCUGCCCUCGUCCCAUUCGAUCCAUCGCCAUCGCGGAUCCCCGCCUCCAUUCCCCGGCCCGGCGAGCUUCCUCCUCCGCGGCGCUUCUAGGGUUUUAACAGCGGGCGGGCGCUACGCUAGGGUUCCUGGAUUUCCCUCGCUCGUCUCGCUCGGCGCCACCGCGCUGCUCGAUUCCACUCCAGGAUUCGAGGGUUUUGGGGAAUUCGCGACAGCUCGAGGAUUUAAGGAAGCUGGGAAGUUCAUGGAAACUCUCUGGUGCUCGGGGCUGCUGUUUAGAAGAGCCAUUCUAAUGCAGUAAGUUCGCGUAGAUAGAUCUAGUUUUCUUAGAGGGAGCAGCAGGGAACAGUAAAUAGUGGUGGUAUGGAGUGUAACAAAGAUGAUGCUGUCAAGGCAGCCGAACUCGCCGAGAAGAAGUAUAUGCAGCAGGACUUCGUCGCCGCGAGGAAGUUUUGCAACAAGGCCUUGCAGCUCUACCCGAGCCUGGAGCGUGCCAAGCAGAUGCUCGCAGUGGUGGAAGUCCAUGCCGCUGCUCAUCACUCUCACAUCGGGCUCGAGGACUGGUACGCGGUCUUGCAAGUGGAUCCCUGUGCGGACGAGGCGACCAUCAGGAAGCAGUACCGGAAGAUGGCACUUAUGCUCCAUCCGGACAAGAACAGGGUGGUCGGAGCGGAGCCGGCUUUCAAGAUUAUCAACGAGGCCUGGAUGGUUCUCUCGGACAAGAACAAGAAGAUCAUGUAUGACGUGAAGAGGAGCUCUCGAAUAAAGAAGCCGGAGAAUGGAAGAUAUGCUACUGAACAGCCUUCUUGCUCAACUCAGCCAGAGGCUCCUGCGACGACUGCUCCUGCAACUACUCCAGAUCCUCCCCCGUCGCCGCCACCGCCUCCUCCGCCUCCUAGUGCGAAUACCCAGCAAACUUUUUGGACGCAGUGCCCGAACUGCAAGAUUCAGUACCAGUACUACAGGAAGUUUGAGAACUAUCAGCUGCUUUGUCACCGCUGCCAAACGGGGUUCAUCGCCACUGAUAUCGGAACUCCUCCGGUGGAAACGUCGACGUGGCCUGCGAAGGCAGCGAAGAAGAAGACCACCAAUGGGGCCAAUGGAGUUAACGGAGAGAGCAGUGCUUUCCAGCAGAUGCAGCAAAGGGCCAGGGAGCGAGAGGAAAAGAGGCGAGAGGAGGAGAGGAAGAAGGCGGAGAGGGAGAGGGAGCGAGAAGAGAAGAGGAGGCUCAAGGAGGCGUUGAAGAAGGCUAAAGAGGAGGACCGGCGAAGAGAGUUGCUCGAGAAGCAGCUGACGAAGCUGAGGGAGAAAGAGGAGAAAGAGGCGAGGAAGAAGAAUAUGGAGGCCCUUAGAAAGAAACUUAAGAAGAGUAGGGUGGAGGAAGAGGACGAUGAUGACGACGAUGACGACGAAGAUGAGGAAAGUGACGAGGCUAGAAACGCUGAGGAGAGUGUACCUCCUGAGAUCCUGAGGUUCGGCUUGCGGAGAUCUAACAGAGCCAGGAAGAAUGUCACGUAUAGAGACGACGACUAUGAUGACGAAGAUGGUGACGGGCACCCGAGUAAGAGAGCCAGGAUGGAGGAGGCGAAGCUCUCUCCGGACCAAGUACUGCUCCGGCAGGAGCUGGCCGUAAAAGGAAGGCAACACGUUUUGGAAGCGCUGAGAGUGAUCAGGGAGGUCGCAGUUAAGAGCAGCUUAGCACCAGAAAGUGCGAAGGCAACCUCAAAAGCAGUGGAGCCUUGUGUGGUGCCACAAAGCAUCCCUUCUACGGAGAGUAUACCGACGAAGAAACCUCCCGAGAAUGCAAAUGUUGCCGCCAAGACUUCGCCACAUCUCCGGCCGUGCGAAAAAUCCGAGAACAACGUCUCAGUUACCGAGAGCGUCUUGCCAGCGAAGGACUCCACGAGCAGUAAGAAGAACUUACUGCCGAAACAAGCUGAGCCCUGCGCUGCCGGAAGCAAUCCAAGCUUGCAAGUAAAAGUCUCGACCGAGGAGGACAAGAAACGAGUCCAAGAGCGGCAACUCCAGGAAGAACCACGGCAGAUAAAUCCGGAGCUACAGCAGCAGCAGCACGAGGACGCGCACCGAACUCCAGCAAAGACGAUGGAGGCACAGGAACCGGACUUGGAGCCGGCAUCCCCCGAGGACGACAACGUCGAGGAGGAAUCUCACUUCCUCGUCCCGGACCCCGACUUCUACAACUUCGACACGGACAGGAAGGAGAGCUACGUCCGCGAGGGACAAGUGUGGGCUCUGUACGACGACACGGACGGCAUGCCGCGCUUCUACUGCGAGAUCAAGCAGCUGGUCUCGCUCAACCCGUUCAAAGUCCGGCUGCGCUGGCUGGAGCGCUACGUGAUCUCGGACGAGGCGGACGAGUGGGAGGCGGCCGGGUUCACGGUGACUUGCGGCCAGUUCAAGUGCAAGAGGAAGACCGAGACGGAGGCUCACUUCAACAAGUUCUCGCACCUGAUGCAAGUGGACAGGAUUCAUGCCAACGUCGUGAGCGUGUAUCCAAAGCAGGGAGAGAUCUGGGCCGUGUACAAGGAUUGGAGCUUGAAGCUUCGGCCGGACAAAGUUUCGUAUGAGAUGGUGGAGGUGGUGAGCUCGUAUGUGGAGGCGGCGGGGUUGACGGCGGUGUCGCUGAUCAAGGUGGAGGGAUACAAGACCAUCUUUGCCAGAGGGGCCGGGAGCUUGCGGAGCUUUCGCAGCAAGGACUUGCUGAGGUUCUCGCACAAGGUGCCGGCGCACUGGAUGAUCGGGACUGAGAAGCUCAAUGCUCCGCACAGCUGCUGGGAGCUCGACACUGCCGCGACGCCAUCGCAUUUGAUCUUCGUUAACAGAUGAUAGAGGAGUGGAUCUCUUGGAGGAGGAGGGGGACGAGAGGAGGUUCUUUGCAACACUGUUUUUCUUUUACGUUUCUAAGUUACAGGAUUCUAUUCCGCAGGGAGUUAAGGCAAUUUUCAAGCGCUCGAGUGAUGUUAUACAUUAGCAGCAAGCCUUCAGGAAAACUCUUCAAGGUCUUGGAGGAGGCCGUAUUUAUGUCAGUGGGACGACACACUAAACAAAGAAAUUUUUUGGCUUAGAAAGCAUUUCACUGAUUUAAGCCGAGUAUGACAUCCUUCCUAUCACUCCUAUCAUUUUUUCUUGUAACCAUGCAAUAAUAGAAUGUAACCAAAGCUUAUAUGCA